AUGAGCAGCGUCAAGUCACGGCGGUUCCUGCCGCGCUUCCUGCGGCGGAGCAGCGCAACCAGCACGGCGACGCGGUCCAACGCCUCGGGCGGCAACGACGCCUCGCCCCGGACGCCCAGCACGCUGCGCAAGAGUCUGUCGCUGUCCAAGCUGGCGGCGCACUCGGCGACGGAGCUGCGAGGCGAGGCGCUGCACGCAGACGCAGAGCGCGACCCCCGGCUGGCCAGGUCGGAGGUGCAGAAGCCGGAGGGGCGCGCCGAGCACUUGCACUCGCACCCGCACCCGCGCUCGCAGCCCUCGCACCACACCAACACCAACACCAACACCACCACCAACACCAACACGGCCACGAACACGGCCACGGCCACAACCACGAUCACAACCGCGACCACGACCGCGACCAGCUCCAGCAGCCCCUCGCCCGCCCGCACGCGCACCUCGACCACGGCCUCGACCGACGCCGCCCUGCCCACGGCCUGUCCGCAGGUGACGCUCGAGGCGCCCACGCCCAUCCACCCGCCGCCCGUCGCUGCUGCUGUCGUGGCCGACGACGCGUCUGCUCUGUCUGCAUUGGCAAGCAACGCCGCGCCCACGGCCUGUCCGCAGGUGACGCUCGAGGCGCCCACGCCCACCCACCCGCCGCCCGUCGCUGCUGCUGCUCCCGUGGCCGACGACGCGUCUGCUCUGUCUGCAUCGGCGAGCACCGCCGCGCCGCCUCCCGCCAGCCCUCUGCGCCGCCAGUCUCUCGUCGCACCCCCGCCGCCCGCCGACCACGCUGCCGCCGCCCAGCCCGCCCUCCCCGCCCUCUCCGCCCUCUCCGCCGCCAUGCUGCACCGCAAGAUCUGGGUCAAGCGCCCCAACGCCUCGGCCACGCUGGUGCAGAUCGGCGAGGACGACCUGGUCGACGACGUGCGCGACAUGAUCCUCCGCAAGUACGCAAACUCGCUCGGCCGCAGCUUCGACUCGCCAGACGUCACCCUCGGCAUCGUCCCGCGCGACGCCGGCCCGGGCCACGAGCGCACCCUGGGCCCCGAGGAGCACAUGUGCCGCACCCUGGACGCCUACUUCCCCGGCGGCCAGAGCGUCGCCGAGGCCCUCAUCAUCGACGUCCCCGUACGCCGCACCCCCAAGCCUUCACCGCGAGUGCCCCUCUACUACGCACACCACGACGACGCUCAACAUGCCCAGACCGAGUACUUCCCGCCCAUGCCCGCCGUCCAGCCCUCGCCCGCCGCCGCCGCAUACGGCCCACCUCAGCCUCCCCACUCGAUAGCCGUCCUCACCAACGGCGGCCAGCUGCCGCCCCUGCCCUCGCCCGGCGCCGCCGCAGCACGCCGCACCCACCUCGCCCGCCCCAAGUAUGGCCCGCGCCAGAACACGGCCUCGCCCACCACCCUGGCCGGCGGCAUCCCCUCCGCCGCCACCCUCGCCCGCCCUCUCAACCGCGAUCGCCACAACUCCUCGGCCUCCAACGACAAGCACUCGCAGGCCUCCAACGCCCCCAUACCCACCCCGCCCGCCCCCAUCGACCCCCCCGCCCGCACACAACACGACACCCCGCCCACCCUGCGCGUCGCCUCGCCUCGCCCAGAGAAGAAGAGGCGGAGAAAGCCAGCGCCCGCCGAGACGCCCAGUCUGCCAGCAGGCCUGCUCGAUGGCUCCGUCCCACCCAUCAACGUCUUGAUCGUCGAAGACAACAUCAUCAACCUGCGCGUCCUGGGCGCCUUUAUGCAAAGACUCAAGGUCCGAUGGGAGCGAGCCAUGAACGGCAGAGAAGCCGUAACCAAGUGGAAGGCGGGCGGCUUCCACCUGGUCCUCAUGGACAUCCAGCUGCCCGUCAUGAACGGUCUGGAGGCCACAAAGGAAAUCAGGAGACUAGAGCGUGUCAACAGCAUCGGCGUCUUCAGCAGUGGGAGCAGCGAAACACCCCACAACGGCUUAGACAAGCAGGGUGCUUCCCACACCGAACUGGCAGAAGACGACAAGCUGGGCGAUAGGAGCCUCUUCAAGAGCCCCGUCAUCAUUGUCGCGCUUACAGCCAGUUCCCUGCAGAGCGACAGGCAUGAGGCCCUGGCUGCUGGCUGCAACGACUUCCUGACCAAGCCCGUCAACUUUGUCUGGCUGGAGCGAAAAGUCAAGGAGUGGGGCUGCAUGCAAGCCCUCAUCGACUUCGACGGGUGGCGAAAAUGGAAGGACUUUGCAAAGGACUCGGACAGUACCAACAACAAGGAUACGUCCAAGAUGUCCACCAGCAUGGCAACCAUUGCCCCGACGAAGAAGUCCACCAACGCCAAGUCCGCAGCUCCGGCACCGGCAGCGAACACACCAGAGACGAACGGAUCCUCAUCAGCAGAGAAGGAGGACAAGAAGGGCAAGCGGAGAAGUCUUGUUCAGGCUCCACCCACCCUGCCGGAGGACGAGAGCGAGACACCGACGCCAGACGCUGACGACACAUGA